AUGGAGAGACGCACUGCAGAAAGUCCAAUGGACUUUGAGUGGCAGACUCGAGCUCCUGGCGAUGUCACUUCGCCGUUUUAUCAGCUGGGUCUGCAGCACGAUAAUAACAAAAAGUCAUUUACGUUCGACUCUCCGAUUAAAAAACAAACCGCUCCCACACAAUCGUUUAAUUUCUCUCAGCCCUCCCCUCAGCGAAAUGGAUCACCAACCCGGCCCGGCGCCAUCUUUGGCAAACCUUCCUUCCAAACCCCUCGCAAGUUCGAUCUGGAUUUUUCCUCCGGCGCAGAGAACAUGUCUUCACCCGAAAACGCCGAUAAUGAAGAUACGCCCGAACCAGCACACAUCAAGAAGAAAGAGAAACGAAAUUCGCUGUUCGCAAUCUACGGUCGAUGGGCCCCCAGCCCAGGCAGAGGCGAAAUCGCUCGUGUGACAAAACACACAACCGAUCCAGCACGGCGGGUUCAUAAACGGCGGAUACGUGAUCGUGAUAUUGAUCGGCAUUUGCGCAGAGAUAGCGACUAUGAUAGCGAUCGACCCAGCAGUCGGGAGGGAAACCAACCGCCAUCCAAGUUCGAGAAAAAGAAUACCGAGUCAGCGUCAUCCUCGUCGAUACAACCGCCGCAGGGCUCAACAUGGGCGCAUUUCUUUGCCUUUCUCGAUGAACAUCCCAAUCUUCCUGCAGUUUUGUCUUACUGGUUGCAGCUGGUCUGGAACCUGAUUCUUUUUUCGUUGGUUACAUGGGUUGUGGUGUCGUUCGUUUUGACGAUAAAACAAGAUAUCGACCAUGCCGCAGAUGCAAAGAGGAACGACAUUCUUACCGAAAUAUCAACUUGCAGGGAAUUGUAUGCUCAGAACAGUUGCAAUAUGGCUAGUCGACCUCCAGCGCUCAACGAUGUGUGCAACAAUUGGGAAAGGUGUAUGGAUCAGGAUCCUACCCGGGUGGCCCGCGCGACAGUCUCGGUGCAGACUAUCUCCGCUAUUAUCACUGGUUUCGUUGAUGCGAUCAGUUUCAAAGCAUUCUCUUACUUUCUUUUAACAAUCACCACCAUCACGAUCGCCAGUAACUGGUCUUUCAUUGCCUUACGACACCAAUACACUAAGAAAGAAGAUCGAUACCCAUACGCUAACCCUCAACAUCCACAAGGACAACCUCCUUAUCAACACCAACAAGCUCCUCCACUUUCAUAUCCCGCCGACGGCAAUCAAUAUCCUCUCCAAUAUCCCAAAACACCUGGUCGCGAAAACAGCCCCUCACGUCGACAACGUAGCUAUGACAGAGACGACGACAACGACGACGAACAGGAGCCGCGUCGCUUACUUCUUGAGAAUACGCCCUCGCGGAACAUGGAUUUUGUGACCGGACGCAGUCGAGAGCGUGAGCUGCAUGCGCGUACGCCUAGUCCAUCGAAGAGGGAAAGGUGGAUGUAA